GUGGUCUGCUGACCGUUGGGUGGUAUUUUUAUCCUGUCCGCCAUGUUGGAAAUUCAUAGUCCGGUAGUUCGCCACGCAUCCACGCCCUUGAGGAAAACGGCAUGUCAUUUGCGAACAUGAAACAAUCUGGAGAGUUCACCCCGUUGGCGACCCCUGCCAACUCGAGUAAUCUGCACUCGAUGCAAGUGCCCCUCGUGUACGUGCAGCCCGAGCCCAUUCGCGGCGACUACAUGGUAGACCGGUCCUCGUCGGGCGUGCCAACCUCGGAAGGCCCUCAGUUUUGGAAGGCUGGAGUGUUUGAAUGCUUUCAAAACAUCUUUCCCAAUGCACUCAUGGCCUGGCUGUGUCCCUGUGUGUCGCUGGCUCAAAUCACGUCUCGGCUCGGCGUGUACGGCGGCUAUAAAACUGUUCUCUUGGGGGUUGCAACCAUUGUGGUGCUGGAAAACGUCUUGAACGGCGUCGAUGACUGGCGCAUGGAACACCCCAAGUUGGACGAAGACGACGGGCGGGGGCGACGGGUCGGGGGCUACGGCGUCCUGUCCCUGUUGCUGUGCAUGGCGCUAGUGUGCUUCGUCACGGCUGUUCGCACCAAAGUCCGCAGCUUCCACCGAAUCCAAGGCAGCGAAUGGGAAGACUUUGCCUGUUCGUUGUGCUGCAUGAGCUGCACCAUCGCCCAAAUGUCCACCCAAGUCGAAUCGUACACGCCUGGGGUGUGUGCGUUUGGACCCCGCGACACGUUGCAAGGCUAUGCCCAGCAUGUAUAACCCAUAUAUACUUUGAGUUACGUAACUUAAAGCACAUGUAUAAUUCGACGAUACUAUUGAUAUUAUUCCG